CCAACCUCUCUCUGGAGCUCUCUCCCCUCGCCCGUCUGUGCUGUGUUGUGCUGUGCUGUGCCGCUCCCAUAGCUGGCCGCCGCAGCAGAUCUCCCCUGCCAUGGAGAUGGAGGCUGAUCUUUCCCCAUGCCGCCCCAUCCGCUGGCUCCCUCCGCAUACUCCGCACCACGGCGAACACCCACCCUUGGAGUCCGCCCUCCUCGACACGCUAGUGUACGUCGACGACCUCACCGGCGCCUCAACCAGCCGGUGCAUGUGCGCCACCCACAGCGGCCACAUCCUCGAGCUCAACUUCUGGGCCGCGCGCCCGCCACUCCUUUCUUACUUUACCAUCCACCUCCCCGACCUCCUCCCGGAAGGACCUGCCACCCCGCUCGACCGUCUCCCCCGCCUCCUCCGCACCCACGGCAACCUCGCCCUCCUCCGCGUCCCCGUCGGCCAAGAGAACGACUACUUCCUCUACGACGCGAACCCCCGCUUCAGCAUGGUCAUCCCGCUCACCGACGGUUCUAUCGGCCUUCUGCGCUGCCCGGGCCAAGACAGGCUCUUUGUCGCCGUUCUCCACAAGACCUUGGCCCGGGGGCACUACGCCAUCGACCUGUUGGAGUUCAACCACGGGUCGUGGACCUGGAGCACUCGUCUGAUGCAUGCCGAGUCGCCUCAGGAAUGUGACUUUGGCAUCCCGACCAAGUCCUUCGCCCUCCCGGCCUCGAUCUGCUGGGUCGACCAUGUGAAGGCAUCCUUAUCUGUGAUCUGCUAGAUGGUGAUGAUCAAGUCCUUCGUUUCAUACGGUUCCCUGUGCUGGCGCCGCCCAAGAAGAAGAGAAUUGCAGGCUAUGAUAGGGAUGUUGCUGUCGGCUCGGAUGCCUGCAUCAGAUACAUGGAGGUGUGGGCUCAUCCCGUGCCUGGAUCAGACAAUGGCGUCACCUACACUCCGCAGGACUGGCGCGCCGCCAUAGCAAGAUGGCUGGAGCCCCAUAAGAAGUGGCAGAUCAGCCAUGAGCUCAAGGCAUCACAAAUUGCGGUGGACGACAGCCACUCUGGGUUGCUUCCUCGUGUCGAGGCUGCAAUUGAGAGUCCAAUCUUGAGUAGACUCCACGCAGGGCAUCCUGCUCUCAGCUUGCAUGACGAUGAUGUUGUUUACAUCAUGGCCAAGGUUGACCACAGGGACGAACAGUCGUGGAUGCUUGCUCUUGACAUGAGGAGCAAGACUCUGAAGCCUUUGGUUACAUAUUCUUCCCAAGUGAAAUCUUCAAGCUACUCGAAAAAGAAGAAGGUGGAGCUGCAAGAGGAUCCUCGGUUGCUGCGUGACCUUCUGCUAAUAUAGAAGACGAAGGUUUAUUUAGUGCAAAACUGAAAGCAAAACAUCGGUUUAUUUAGUGCUGAACUGAAAGCAAAAAUUAUCUCUGACUCUGAGACGGUAGUAAUGAAGCACUUAGUUGCGUUCAUGAAAAUGCUCCGGAUACGCGGCACCACCAAGGCUCCCUGCCACUGCGGCCAUCAACAGCCUGUAUCAACGAAAAAUUGACAAUUGUCAGGCUCCAUUGCAGCAUAUGAAUACAUCCUACAU